AUGGAUCCCUUGCGUGGAUUGCAACACCACGGCGGCUGCACCGCUGCCUCGCCCAGGCUCCACCUCUCCGAUCACCGUUCUCAGUCCCUCCACCGCCGCUGUCAUCGUUCUUCGAGCACUCAUUUCCUCCGCACUCACAGGAUCUCAUUCCCUCUCCGUCACCACCACGUCCUUCUCCCGAGAAUCGCUUGCCGCGUUUCUCCUCCUGAAACCAGGGAUGAAGAAAGGAUGGACAAAUCCAGGUCGAAACAGAAAGUGCAGCUCAAUAUUCGUCUCGAUCACCAAGUUAAAUUUGGUGAGAAUGUAGUCAUUUUGGGAUCAGUGAAGGAGCUGGGUUCAUGGAAAAAGGACGUGGCAUUGAAUUGGACGGAAGGUGGAUGGGUGUGCAAAUUGGAGUUGGACGGUGGUCAGUCUAUUGAGUAUAAGUUUGUUGUUGUGAACAAGGACAAGCGCACGUCGUGGGAAGGUGGUGAUAAUCGGAGGCUGAAUUUGCCCAACGAGGGGAGUUAUGAGAUGGUAUGUAGGUGGAAUGCAACUGGGGAAGGUAUUGAUCUGUUGCCUGCUGGAUCGGAGCAGAAGCAGGACAGAACAGAGAAAAUAGGCUUUGAUGGACCUAGCAGUGCUCCUCCCACGCAUGAUGGUGAGCCGAGCCCUUUUGUUGGACAAUGGCAGGGAAAGGCUGCAUCAUUCAUGAGGUCCAAUGAACAUAGGGACAGGGAAGGUGAUAGGAGAUGGGAUACUUCUGGUCUUGAGGGAUUGUCUCUAAAGUUAGUCGAAGGUGAUCGGAGUGCAAGGAAUUGGUGGAAAAAGCUUGAAGUUGUCCGGGAGCUGAUAGUUGGAAGUCUUGAAAGUGGGGAGCGUAUGGAUGCUCUCAUAUACUCUGCCAUCUAUCUUAAGGAAGUGCUUGUUAUUCGGAAGAUCCAUCCUUGUUUGCCAUCAUUUAAGGCAGAAUUUACAGCAUCAGUUCCUCUAACUCGCAUUAGGGAUAUUGCUCAUCGGAAUGACAUCCCUCAUGACCUUAAGCAAGAAAUCAAACACACGAUUCAAAACAAGCUUCAUAGGAAUGCCGGGCCAGAAGAUCUGGUUGCUACGGAGGCGAUGCUUGCACGAAUCACCAAGAAUCCUGGAGAGUACAAUGGGGCAUUCGUGGAACAAUUCAAGAUUUUCCAUCAGGAGCUUAAGGAUUUCUUCAAUGCUGGAAGUCUUACUGAGCAGCUUGACUCAGUUAGAGACAGCUUUGAUGAUAAUAGUCUUUCUGCUCUCACAUUGUUUUUGGAUCACAAAAAGUCUCUGAAUGGUCUUAGAGAUAUGAUUGGAAAGGGUCUUGAAAGUGGUCUCAGGAAUGAUGCCUCUGAUGCUGCUAUAGCUAUGCGUCAAAAGUGGCGUCUUUGUGAAAUUGGCCUAGAAGACUACUCUUUUGUACUGUUGAGCAGGAUAGCAAAGACAUUUGAUGGAUCCAAUGGUGUUCCUACAUUAACACCAGUGCAACCAUACGAUGACACAGAAGCAUGGAAAAGGAAAGUUGCAGCCAUAGCUGGAGGUGUUGGUGCAGUUCUUCUAGUAAUUAUCAUUGUGGUAAUCGUUUACUUGUGCAUUAAGAAAUUGGCAGCACAAACUUCUGAAAGGGAGUCCUCUGCACAAUCUCCAACAACUGGGUUGGAAAUAGUUGGAACUCCCACUUAUGCUAGUCCUCAUCCUCCGGGCACACACUUCCUGAGAUUAUUGACAAUUGAGGAGUUGAAGCUGGCGACACGAAGUUUCAGUGACAGCAAUAUCAUAGGCGAAGGCUUGCUUGGUUUGGUUUACAAAGGACUGCUUCUUGAUGGAUCUAUUGCUGUCAUAAAGAGAAACAUAUAUCAUCCUGUUCAGAACUUUGCUAAUGAGGCAGCAACAGUUCUUGUAACUGAAUUCAUAUCCAAUGGAAAUGUGGGACAAUACCUCUAUGAUAGUGAAGGUCUGCCUGUUGGGAAAUUGGGUAUCAAGCGUAGACUGGCCAUAGCCUUAGGUGCAGCAAAAGGGCUUCGGUAUCUUCACAGUUUGGUCCCUCCUUUCCUGCACAUGCAUUUCAGAACCAGCAAUGUGCUUGUGGAUGAAAAUUUCACUGCUAAGGUAUCUGACUAUGGAAUCUACAAGUUGGUAGCAGAAACUCUGCACCCGGGAUCUUCUUCUUCUGUAGAUCACUUCCUUGAUCCCGAGUUGAAUUCGUCGAGGGACUUCUCAGAGCUCAGUGAUGUCUACAGUUAUGGAGUAUUCCUACUAGAGCUGAUCAGUGGACGUGAAGCACACGGAAAGCAUCAAUCGAAAUCAGACCAAAAUCUACUGCUUCAGGCUAGGGAUAGCAGCCUCAACGACUUCGUGGACAAGUCGCUCCAAGCUAAGGAUCGAACGAAACGAAUCAUGGUGGAUCUGGCAUUGAUGUGUGUGGAUGUCAGCACAAGGAGACCUUCAAUGGAGAAGGUUGUCAAAGCGCUCGAAUGGAUUCGAGGGCGGGAAACUGGGCAUGUGGAUCAUGACUAUGGUGAGGAGAUUGGAGCUGUAAAACUUGGGAGUGAACUCUUCAAAUGACCAGACUUUAUUUAUCUCCUGUCUUUCUAUGGAUUUACAUUCAACUGCUAAUUAGUGGCAUUCUUUAUUGGACGUAAUAUUAGUACCAAAGUUCAAGACUUUAAGCCAUCCAUCAACUUGCAAAUUGGUUCAGACUUAUUAGGAGAUAGAUUCAAUCUGUCUGCCUUCUCCUUCAAGAUUAAGGAAUAGGGUUGACUAGGAUGGCGGCAAUCUAUGGAUGCUGAAUGUGGCUUGAAUUCU